AUGGCUAAGGGCAUUCCAAUUGUCAUGCCUACUACAAACCACCAACUUUGCACAUGGCAUUUGAUGCAAAAUGCGGAGAAGCAUGUAAGUUCUCUUUUUGAAGAUGUAGGGGUGAAGGGCGUGUUUUCUAAAUUUAUGCAUGAAAUUGAUGAUGAAGAAGAAUUUAGAAUACAAUUGGAACAAAUGCUUGAUAGGUAUGAUGCACGCAACAAUCUUUGGUUGGAGCAAACUUUUGGUGUGAAGGAGAAAUGGGAAUGGCCAUAUGUAAUAAAUUCUUGGGCAGCUGGAAUGAGUACUACUCAACUAAGUGAAUCCUUCAAUGCAUUUUUGAAGGAUUAUCUCAAUUGUGAUCAUAGCUUGAUAGAAUUUUUCAUGCAUUUUGAGAGGGUGCUCUAUGACAAGAGAUAUAAAGAAUUAGAAGCCGAGUAUAAUUUGUCCCAAAAAUUGCCAAGGGUUUCAAUUCCAACUUUGAUGUUAAAGCAAGUGGCACAGAUUUACACCAAAACAAUUUUUGAGGAAUUCCAAAAUGAGUACGUGCAGUCCAUUAAAGCGUCCAUUGUAGGCACUAUUAAUGACGACCUUCCUCCACAAUACAUACUGAAACGUUGGACUAAAAAAGCAGGGGCUGAAUACGUGAAGGAUAGUUGUGGGUAUGAUGUCAAGGCUGAUGUGAAACUGCAUCAAAGCAACCGAUAUAGGUCAUUGAUGAAUAUGUUUAGAGCAAUAGCAAGUAGAGCUGCUGAAAAUGAAGAAACUUAUCAUUUGUCACUUGUAAAAGGUGAAGAAUUGAGUAGUGAUGAAGUAGAUUGUCCAAUCCAAGCUAAGGAACUGAAGAAACGACAGGCAACUAGCAAGGGAAAAAGGAGGAUUAAGGGCAGAAUGGAAAAAUCUAUUGUGAAAAAGAAAAUAAUGCAAUCGAAGCAGGGUGUUUACACUCCACAAGGUCAAUCUCUACCUCCUUUUGCCAUGGGUAGUAAUUAUGUUGAGGGUGUUUACACUCCACAAGGUCAAUCUCUACCUCCUUCCGCCAUGGGUAGUAAUUAUGUUGAGGGUGUUUACACUCCACAAAGUCAAUCGCGACCUCCUUUCGCCAUGGAUAGUAAUUAUGUUGAGGGUCAUGGUCGUACAAUCUAUAUUUCUCAAUCUCAAUCCCAAUCUCGACCUGAAUCCCUAUCUCAACCUCUCUUUGCCAUGGGUCGUACAAGUGUUCAUCAUGUCAUGUAUCCUACAUAUGAUGGAAAUAACACACCUCAGUCAAUGCCUUUAGUGUAUCCCACUCAGACAUCGUUUCAGGAGUUGCUUCGAGGUACUAGUGUUCAACAAUUUGCAGCCCAACUGUCGCAAGCCUCACAUAGUCUUGCUGAUAGUCAUGGAAAUAACACGCCUUAG